AUGUCUGAGGCCAAUGACGAUCAAAAGGUUCCUGUCGAGCCAACGUCGAAAGAACACCAGAAGGAACGCAGAAUACGCAAGCAAGGUGACCUGAAACCUUGUGAGAGAUGUAGAUCUCAGCAUCUCAAAUGUGUGUACAAUGCACACGACCCACGAUGUCAACGAUGCGAGCGCUCAGGCAACGACUGUAUCAGAAGUACAAAGAAAAUCAGAUUUCGUGAUGUUCCAGCGUCGAGGUUUCACACUGAUCGGAGGAGCAGAAAAGUUUCCACGAUCAAAGCAACAGGAUCUAAGUUAGCCGUGAGCAAGAAUGCAGCGUCUAUCAACCAGAGUGUGGCAGACCUCAAUCAUUCCGAGUCAAUGGAUGCUGUGCCCUCAGAAAGUCUGCAGGAUGACUCUGACGAGCAAGAAGAUGCUGAGGUGGACGCAUUUGCUGUCACUUCUGCACCUGUCCAUUUUGUCGACCCAAUAGUGGGCGUUUCCACGGUACAGUCUGCGAAACAGAUGAGCACCUAUGUGCAACAGCCGACGAGAAGUGAUUCUAACAAGCAAGAUACUGACACCGACAUGAUGUUUGCUGCAGCUCUACUGCCACCUACGCCGUCGGACGACCGCUUGUCGCUCAGCGAAUACUACGACAACGCAUCGUUGACACGAGUGUUCAGCUCGGACAUGAACUCCAUCAUGAGUGGUUCGCCACAAACCAGAGGCCGCAGAGCCUCAUCAUCCCGCUAUCUUGAUCAGCUGGUCAGAUCUCAGGCAAGAGAUGUGCCACAGAACUCACACGAUUACCUCGAAAACGUGCUGCUGAGAUAUUUUCACGAAGAGUUGGCGCCUUGGUUCGAUCUGUGUGAUCCAGACCGGCAUUUCGCAACCGUGAUACCACAGAGAGCUCGUGCUCCGGGUCCCCUGCGCAGCGCUAUCCUCACCAUAUCAGCAAGGAACAUGUCACGCAACAGAAGGUUUCGCAACAGCGCGGGGGUGGUGGAGUGGAAAGGUCGACCUUUGCCUGAUUUGAAAGAGGAGUUCGCUGUACCUUACCACAAUGAGUGCAUCCGCGAUCUGCUACAGUUGAGCAUGAAUCCGAGGAAGCUGCAAGAUGAGAAUCUCCUUGCCGCUGUGCUAGCUCUGCGCACUGAUGAGGAGAUGGGACUUGAUACAGGUGAUAGCAACGAUGAUCAACAGCUUUUCCUACGAAUCGCAAGUGUCUUCAUCGAUGCUCAAUUACCCCCAGCUUUAGCUUUACCACACAGCUCGCCUACAGUGUUCCCGUCCACGAUAGCCGAGGAGUACACCCAGUCCGAAAUGGUGUCGCCAUCUGUACACACCGACGAUCUAGGUGCAAGCGGACUUCGUCAGGCCUGUUUCUGGACUGCAUUUCGUCAAGAUCUACAUGCUUCGUUCUUGAAACAGCAGCCCGUGAGGUUUCCAUUAUCUCGUUGUGAGGUCUUCCGACAGCUAUCCCCUGCGACCGAUGCUGUCUGGGCCAACCGCAUGGUCACUUUUUGUGCUGAUGUCCUGGAAUUUAGCUAUGGCAGUGAUUCUAGUGACGGCAAAGUAAUGCCUUCAUACACUAACCAAGAUCGCUGGAGAGAGCUUCGAGACCGCGAAAAACUUAUUUGCGGUCUACUGCCUGCAACUUUCGAGCCCACUUUCUGCAGCGAGCCAGAGUUGCUGCAUGGCAUCUUUCCUGAGAUAUGGUACCUCGACCCUUGUCAUGUGAGUGGAACAACGUACAUUGAGUUGGCACGUAUGUUACUACAAGUCUUCGAUCCGACACGACCGAAGCUAGGACACGGCUUUUUAGCAGCUACUAACGCUUUCAUCAACUCUUCGAAGAAGGUAUUAUUUCGACUAUGUGGAAUUGCUUUGAGUAAUCAUCAUUGUCCUCCGAGUCUAAUCAAUGCCUGUCUGGGGAUUGCUAUGUUCGGCGAGUACUUUGACGAUUUGAGAGAACAGACUGCUCUCCUAGGCGUUCUUGAGCUUAUGCACAACCGAUAUGCCUAUCCAACAUCUCAGAUAGCACAGUCGCUAAAACGCGCUUGGCACAACGAAGACCUCGAGGGAACGAGUUCAAUAGUUUCCUACAACCCCACAGGCAUGGAUUAG